GUAGUGGUGGUGGUGGUAGUGGUGGUGGUAGUGGUUCGUGGUGGUGGUAGUGGUGGUGGUAGUGGUUGGUGGUGGUAGUGGUUGGUGGUGGUGGUGGUAGUGGUGGUGGUAGUGGUUGGUGGUGCUGUGCGUGAUCGUGGGGGUCGUGGUUCUGGUCGUCGUUUAAGUCGAGGUGGAUUUCAUUGUUGUUGAUGUAGGAGUAGAGGCUGCGUAGUUAGUCCUUGGUGGUGGUGGUUGUGGUGGUGGUGGUAGUCGAGGGGGAGCAGAGGAAGUGGUUGGUAGUGGCAGUCGAGGUUGUGUGUGACCGGUAGACACAGGCAGCCGUUGUUUAAGGGCUCGCAAUCGAGCAGUAAUUGUUGUGGUUUGUAAUAAUUGGUGUUGUUAUUGUAGUCGCGGUAAGUGUUGUGGUCGUAGUGGUGGUGGUGGGUUGCCGAAGUGAUAGCCGUAGCUGAAGUGGUUGUUGUAGUGGUAGUAGUAGUUGUAGUAGCUGUAGUAGCUGUAGUUGGUGGUAGUAGUGGUAGCGAUAGUUGCAGCGGUAGUAGCUGUAGUGGUGGUAGUGGUAAUUGUAGUAGUAGCAUCUGCAGUGUUGGUGAUAGUUGUUGUAGUGGUAGUAGCUGCAGUGUUGGUGGUAGUUGUUGUAGUGGUAGUAGCUGUAGUAGUGGUGGUGGUAAUUGUAGUGGUAGUAGCUUUAGUGUUGGUGGUAGUUGUUGUAGUGGUAGUAGCUGUAGUGGUGGUGGUGGUAAUUAUAGUGGUAGUAGCUUUAGUGGUGGUGAUAGUUGUUGUAGUGGUAGUAGCUGUAGUGGUGGUGGUGGUAAUUGUAGUGGUAGUAGCUUUAGUGGUGGUGAUAGUUGUUGUAGUGGUAGUAGCUGCAGUGGUGGUGGUGGUAGCAUAUGCAGUGGUGGUGGUGGUAAUUGUAGUAGUAGCAUCUGCAGUGUUGGUGAUAGUUGUUGUAGUGGUAGUAGCUGUAGUGGUGGUGGUAGUAGCUGCAAUUGGUGGUGGUGGUGGUAGCGGCAGUUAGUUUCGAGUCACGAUGUUUCGCCCGGGCUCUCUACUGCUGCCUUACUCCCCAGCUCUCUUUCCCUCUCCCUUCGCGUCCACCUCGAUCUCGCCCGAGACGGCACGAGCUCUGGGAUUCCUCGUGUCUCCACCACCGCACAUCCACCACCACCACCAUCCUCACCACGCACCUCACCACCCCCAUCACCCACACCAUCCACACCAUCACCACCACCACCAUCAGCAGCAGCAGCUUCAGCAGCAGCAGCAGCAUCCGCUGUGCGCGUACCAAGCGGUGCUCGCCGGCUACGUGCCGCCCGAGUCGUGUAAGCAAGCCCUGCUGCUUGCGUCUCAAGCGGCCGGUCUGCAGGGGGUGACGGACUACGACGAGACGAAGCCCACCAAGCAGAGGCGGGCGAGGGCGAACUACAGCAGCUGGCAGCUGGAGGAGCUGGAGCGCGCUUUCGCCAGCACGCACUACCCGGACAUCUUCAUGCGCGAGGCCCUGGCGCUUCGCCUCGACCUCAUCGAGGCCAGGGUGCAGGUUUGGUUCCAGAACAGAAGGGCCAAGAUGCGGCGCCAGAUGAAGAUGGCCGGGAAGGCGAGCGACUCCGCUACCGGGGCUGGAGGAGGAGGAGGAGGGAGUGAUGGCGGUGGUGAUGGUGCUGAUGAUGAUGGUGGACGAGGUGAAGAUGAAGACCUAGACGGAGGAGGACUUGAAGAUGAACGAGGAGGAGGAGGAGACGGCAGUUUCCGAGUCAGUGCCUCAAGCCACGACGGUGAUGGUGUUGAUGAAGGCGAUGCCCGAGAUGUUGAUGUUGAUGAUGAUGGUGGUGGUGGUGGCGAUGUUGAUGAUGGUGGUGGUGGCGAUGGUGGUGAUGACGAUGACCUCUCCGAGUCGGCUCGAGGGGACUCAGGAGAAUCGAGUCACGAAGGCAGCGACUCGUCAUCUCCAUCGGUCUCCGUGCGCAUCCAACAUCACCAGAAACAUCAUCAUCAGCAGCAGCAGAAUCAGCAUCAGCACAAUCAUCAUCAUCAGCAGCAGCAGGCGAUCAGAGAGCAGCUGCAGUCCAAGUACGUGUGGCUGGGCAUGAGGCCACGUGUCCACUCGCCUCCCACGACCCCGCCCGCACGAGCCCCGAGCCUGACCCCGACGACUCCAGCGGCGUCCCUCGCUCUGGCCCCUUCCUCGGCGCUCACUCCUUCGGCUUCCUCGGCCAUGUCCACGGUGCCGGGGCCGGGGCCCGGUUCGGUGGAGGAGCGCCGCUCGUGCAGCAUCGCGAUUCUCCGCGCCAAGGCGAGGGAGCACGCGGCCGGCAUCCAGCACGCGGCGGCCGCGCUCACGAGCGCCACGCGACUCGCGUGAGACAAGCGUCGUCCUCUUCGUCCUCCUCCUCCUCGUCGUUGUCUUCCUCAUCAGCAGCAUCGUUCUUCGUCGUCGUCUUCGUCGUCUUCGUCGUCUUCAUCGUCAUCGGCGUCAUCAUCGGCGUACUCAUCGUCGUCGUCAUCGUCGUCAUCAUCAUCGUCAUCAUCAUCGUCGUCAUCAUUCAUCGUCGUCAUCAUUCAUCGUCGUCAUCAUCGUCGUCUUCAUCACCGUCGCCGCGACCACACAUCUAUACCUCGUCUCACAACAACAUCGCCGCCGCGUGCAACUCCCGACUCGAGUUGCGUCGACUCGAAGCAACGCGCCAUCGAGCCUCUCUGCGCUGUGCACGCACGACACGUGCGCACGUGUGUCGCGUGUGUCUCGGACUUCUCUCGCACGCACGUGUGUUCUGUGUCGUGUGUCGCGUGCGGUGUGUGUCGUGUGUUCUGUGUCGUGUCGCGUGUCACGUGGAGUGUGUCGCGUGUCACGUGGUGUGUGUCGCGUGUCACGUGGUGUGUGUCGUGUCGCGUGUGUCGAACUCUUCUCGCUCCGCUCGUAGCCCUACCGCGCCGAUCGCAGGUUCCGUAAACGGCGAGUGGCGCGAGACGGACACCGCACGCGGCGUCACGCGACGUGAACCAAAACAACAAAUCCACAACGGGGGAGGGGUGGGGGGGGAGGUCUCGGGUCCACGCUGUGGUGUCCCGAGUCUCGACCCGACCUCGACUCGAGCGGCAGGGCGCGGGACCCGCCCCCGUGGCGUGCAGCGACCCCCACUCGCGACUCCGCGUCUCCCGUUGCCGAUCGCCACCACCGCCGAGUCGGUUUGAGUCGUCGUCGUCGUCGAGGACGCGAGCGGCGACACAACGAAGCGUCGAGUCGCGGAACGUCGACACAACCACCGCGUCCUCCUCCUCCUCCCUCGCCUGGCUCCACUCGGGAAUCUUCCUCUGCGCCACUCGCUCUGCUGCUGCUCCUGCUGCUGCUGCUCCUGCUGCUGCUGCCCCCCCCCUCGUCGAUCACCGCCGCUGUUGGCCGCAGCUCACGGACAUCAAAGUGACCGCGGCGCGAGCUGCCGGGCGAGGUGCACCGAGGCCGUGACGCGCAGCGCGAGAGAGGAGAACGAGGAGAGAGAGAACGAGGAGAGAGAGAACGAGGAGAGAGAACGAGGAGAGAGAGGAGGUCUCUCGCUGCGGGCAGGAGGAGGAUGUCGACGAAGGCUGCGGUGUUGGUGGUGGUGGUGUUGGUGGUGGUGGGGGCGGGCUUCACCGACCGAGGUGGCCGAGAAGAUUCUCGCCCCACCGGUGCUCACCGCGCCGUCCGCCUGUACGUGCACUGACUGUUGGGGCGGCCUGCACUGACUGUUGGGGCGGCCUGCACUGACUGUUGGGGCGGCCUGCACUGACUGUUGGGGCGAGCGCUGUUAGCGAGCGCCUACGAAGACCGGCACGGCACACGAGGUUGGGCGGUCGGGGGGUUGAGAGGUCAGAGCUACGCCCGGCCGCCGAAUUUAUUUUGGUACUCCAGGUACUCGUUUAAGGCUGAGCCGACCUAGGGGAGACCCCGUAACAGGUUCUUCUAAUGGUUACGAAGCAAGCGAUGUAAGCCGUGGCCGGGAUGCGAACUCGGGACGCGCUAACCACCGCGCCACCGCUCCAAAGACACGCAACAAAAGCAAAUACCCCCCCCUCCCGUAUAGCCUCAGCAGACUGUUGGGGCAAGUGCUGUGAGCGAGUAGCACCUACAAAGACAAAGAUCCCCUGUAUAGCCUCAGCAGACUGUUGGGGCAAGUGCUGUGAGCGAGUAGCACCUGUGAAG